UUUGUUUACUCGCAUGGUUAAAGGCAAACAAAUGCAUACGUUGUGGACAUUUAAAUUGUAUGUAACCAGACACCGCUAAGUACUCCGCUUUAGCAAAGAGAUGUACCCCAGCUUGGCAGUCGAGCGGAAAUAACUUCCUGGUUGUCAAAACAUGGCGUGUGUGCGGAUAGUGACAGUCGGCAUUGUGUUGUCAACAUACUUGAUACCGCUUGUAACAGGUACAUGCUCACCAGGAAAGUUUGGUGAAUCUUGCUUCUACUCCUGUCACUGUGGAGACUCGUGUAACCAAACAUCUGGAGUUUGUGGAGGCGGCUGUGAGUCCGGCUGGGUUGGAGGAAAUGGAGCUAACUGUCAAAAAGAAAAUGUUGCAUACAGAAGAACGGCCUCCUCCCCUACUCUGCUGUAUUCAGACUCAUGGUCUGCGGACAAAGCUGUAGAUGGGACCAGGGACCAGGAUGUGCACCACGGCUCCUGUUUCAACGCAGCUGACAGUACGUGGGGUUUGUGGACGGUGGACCUAGGAAAGCAGUACAGGAUACAUGAUGUCAAGAUAUAUCAGCCAUCGCAUGCACUAGCAAGAAUCCGGUCUUGUGUGCUCUACUUGAGUGACACGAGCUCCUCCACUGGCCUCCCUUGCUAUGCCUUCCCAUCCGACACCCCUGUCAGUAACGGCGGGAUCUACAGUGCAACAUGUGAUGGCAUCGGAAGAUAUUUCUCAAUAUCAAACACCACGUUCCUCAACCUCUGUGAGGUAGAAAUAUAUGUUUGCAGCCCUGGGUUGUUUGGUGAAACCUGUAAUGAAUUUUGCUACUGCGCAAAAGAGGCGUGUGACCACGUAAGUGGGUUGUGUCCUGGAGACUGUAGACCAGGGUGGCAGGGAGACAGGUGUGAUACAGAAUGUGACGCAAAUCACUAUGGAGUCAACUGUGUAAACACGUGUACUGACAGGAAGUGUUCUGAUGUCAACUCGUCAUGUGAUCGCUACAGUGGGUCAUGUGACAGGGGAUGUCUUCCUGGUUGGAGAGGUGUGGACUGUUCACAAGAAUGUAGCAACGGAACCUAUGGACAGAACUGCAGCAUGACGUGUUCAGAAAGGAAAUGUGCAGGAGAUUCGUCUUGUGACCAUGUGACCGGAACAUGUGUUUUUGGAUGCGUGUCUGGGUGGAAGGGUGAAGACUGUAAUGAGGUGUGCAGUCCAGGUUUUUUUGGUGCCGAAUGUGAAGAGAAGUGUGGACUAUGCGCCAAUAAUUCCACAUGUGAUGCUAGUUCAGGCAACUGUAGCUCUGGCUGUGUUGAAGGAUACAUGGGUCCCCAGUGUAAAGAUCAGAAUCAGAGACAUAUAGAUCGAUCAGAAGCUGUCCAGUCCGUCCCUGUCGCAGCUGUAGUAGGAGCUGCAGUGGGUGUGGUGCUGGUGGCCCUGGUGAUCAUCCUCAUUGUGCUGCUCAUCAGAAGACGACAGAGAGGAAAGAGGUCGUCUGACGAAUCAGCCCUAAAAGAAACGCCACAUGUUCCUGCAAAUAAGAAAAACCUUCGAGAUGAAGGAAAUACAUACAUGAAUGUUGGAUUUGAUGAUGAAGUGAAGCCAACCUUGUUAUCCAAGAAGACGCCGACCACUCCUGCACAUGUAGCUUCAGUGUCUCCGCCACCAGUUGGUCAUCAGGGAGAGAUACGUAAAAUCCAAAGUGGGAACAAACGCGACAAUGUACUUGUUGAUCGUCCACGCGACAGUCAAGGUCAGCCCGACAUGGAGGAUGAAGAAGAAUAUGAUGCCCAUGCUCAGAUCGCACCGCAGGAUGCACCAGGUCAUGCUGACAUUAAUUACUACAAUCUGGGUGAUGCCAGACCAUGUCAUGCUAUCCCCGUGUCCUCAUUUGCCACGCGAGUGCAAAAGAUGGAAGAUCACCCUGAAGAAGAGUUCAAGCAUCUACCCGAUGGUUUCAUGCAUUCCUACGAGGAAUCUCAAAAGUCGAAGAACAAAGGGAAGAACGGGUUCAGAGGAUAUUACCCGUAUGACUACAAUCGGGUGAUAUUGCAUGACGCUAAUGAUGAUGAUAGAGGAGACUAUGUCAACGCAAGCUACUUGGAUGGUUACAAGUCAGAGAAGCGUUACAUAGCAGCACAAGGCCCAUACAAACCGGAUGUCCUAGUUGACUUCUGGAAGAUGAUCUGGCAGGAGGGAUGCAACACUGUUGUCAUGGUAACAGGACUCGUGGAAGCAUGCAAGAUGAAGUGUCUACAAUACUGGCCAGAGAAGGAUGGCGUGACAUUUGGUGACAUCAAAGUAACUCUGGCAGCUCGAACACAACUAGCAAACUACACUAUCACCAAGCUGGCUGUUCAGAAUGAGAAGGAAGGCAAGAAACGGGAUGUCAACCACCUCCACUUCACCAGCUGGCCAGACCAUGGUGUACCGGACAUUGCUGCCCUGCUGGACUUCAUGUGGAGGGUCAGGGUCAUAUCUGGACAACAAACUCAGCCGAUCAUAGUCCACUGCAGUGCUGGUAUAGGGAGGACAGGGACCUACAUCACCAUCGACAGCCUCGUAGAGCAGGCACAGGCAGAGGGCGUUGUGGACGUCGUCAGCUUCGUCUCCAACAUGAGAGGGCAGAGGAAGAACAUGAUACAGACAAAGGAGCAGUACCUGUUCAUCUACCAGGCGUUGGCAAGGGAUGUGUCAGAAGGGGACACAACUCUUGAUGCCGCCAGCAUUAGACACCUUGACCUUGGUCAGGUGUUAGAUGUUAAUAUGGGCAACAGGACAGUACAACAACAUCUUCAGAUUUUAAAACGCAGCGGUGGAGGGCAUCCCAAGGGAGCAAAGAUCACAAGCGUGCCUUCGUACGCAUCUCUAAAUGGCUUCUUCAUUGUGUCGUCACCUCCGGAUAAAGAGGAGAUGUGGAACCAGGUUUACAACAGUGACUCGCACACUUUGAUAACCUAUGCUGCAGAUGUUCUGGAUUAUCUCCCGUCAGUAGAUGCUUCUGUUGCCACCUCCAGGUUUGAAGUGAGCAUGUCCAAGUCUACAGCGCUGUCCGAUGAUAUCCUUCUAAACACAAUGGAGCUGAAACUAAAGGAUAACGAUGACACUACUGUCAUUCAACAUUACCACAUCACGGGAAGUGCAAGGAACCCCAGUUUCAACUUUCUGACUGACAACUUCCUCACGUGGACAAAGGAUCCCAAACGAGGAUUGUGCACCGUUGUCACAGAGUCUGUGGAGGAGUUUCGUUUCCUUGUGCUUCUGCUAAACAUCGCAAGCAGACUGCAAGACGAUGGUAGAGUGGACGUCAUUAACAACAUGCGACAUCUCUACACACGUCUUGGAGGUCCGCCAUUCACAGAGAGUGACGUGAGACUCUGUCUGGAGUUCACUCGACAGAGGACUGAGACACAUGGUGUAUAUGCCAACUUCUGAAGCCAUAUGAAGAUUAAAGCACCACAAGCUCUAUACGUGGACUCAUAUCCAACAUGUGCUCAGAUCUGAGUUAUUGCUCAGUGAACAAUAAUAUGCGCCAAAGUCAGAUGUAUGAUACAGGAAAGAUGUUCACAUAACUUGGACAAUAUACCAGCUACGUAUUUCAUUAAUAUGUGUCUUAAUCCAAAGAUGAUACUUAUUACAUAUUCACAGAUGUACAGAAACAUUGAUUAAUAUUGGCCUUGCUGCAAAAUGGAUUGAAUGUUGUUAGUUUUAAAUUGAUAACUUUAGAUAUUUGCAAUUGUAUUAACCGGAAACAUCACCUCACUGAAGCUCUAAGCGCCUGUAUAUAGCCUGGCCUUAAUCACAUGAAGAUUCAUGCUUUAAGAAACUAACAUGUAGUAACAUUCUUCAAGUGAGUGCCGACAAAAAUGUAUUUACUUUUUUU